GCCUUCCUUCUUUCGCUCGCUAGCAGCCGAGCGGAGCCGGCGGACCCGGCUGGGCCCCCAACCUUCCCCGGCCAUGGCCGGCAACGUGAAAAAGAGCUCGGGGGCCGGGGGCGGUGGCGGCUCCGGUGGCUCGGGCUCUGGAGGCCUGAUCGGGCUCAUGAAGGACGCCUUCCAGCCGCACCACCACCACCACCACCUCAGCCCCCACCCGCCGGGGACGGUGGACAAGAAGAUGGUGGAGAAGUGCUGGAAGCUCAUGGACAAGGUGGUGCGGUUGUGUCAGAACCCAAAGCUGGCGCUAAAGAAUAGCCCACCUUAUAUCUUAGACCUGCUGCCAGAUACCUACCAGCAUCUCCGUACUAUCUUGUCAAGAUAUGAGGGGAAGAUGGAGACACUUGGAGAAAAUGAGUAUUUUAGGGUGUUCAUGGAGAAUCUGAUGAAGAAAACUAAACAGACUAUAAGCCUCUUCAAGGAGGGGAAAGAAAGAAUGUAUGAGGAGAAUUCUCAGCCUAGGCGAAACCUAACCAAACUGUCCCUGAUCUUCAGCCACAUGCUGGCAGAACUAAAAGGAAUCUUUCCAAGUGGACUCUUUCAAGGAGACACGUUUCGGAUUACUAAAGCAGAUGCUGCAGAAUUUUGGAGAAAAGCUUUUGGGGAAAAGACAAUUGUCCCUUGGAAGAGCUUUCGACAGGCCCUACAUGAAGUACAUCCCAUCAGUUCUGGGCUGGAGGCCAUGGCCCUGAAAUCCACUAUUGAUUUGACCUGCAAUGAUUAUAUUUCAGUUUUCGAAUUUGACAUCUUUACACGACUUUUUCAGCCCUGGUCCUCUUUGCUCAGGAAUUGGAACAGCCUUGCUGUAACUCAUCCUGGUUACAUGGCUUUUCUGACGUAUGAUGAAGUGAAAGCUCGACUCCAGAAAUUCAUUCACAAACCUGGCAGUUACAUCUUCCGGCUAAGCUGUACUCGUCUGGGUCAGUGGGCUAUUGGGUACGUUACUGCUGAUGGGAACAUUCUUCAGACAAUCCCUCACAAUAAACCUCUCUUCCAAGCACUGAUUGAUGGCUUCAGGGAAGGCUUCUAUUUGUUUCCUGAUGGACGAAAUCAGAAUCCUGACCUGACAGGCUUAUGUGAACCGACUCCCCAAGACCACAUCAAAGUGACCCAGGAACAAUACGAAUUAUACUGUGAGAUGGGCUCCACGUUCCAACUGUGUAAAAUAUGUGCUGAAAAUGAUAAGGAUGUAAAGAUUGAGCCCUGUGGACACCUCAUGUGCACAUCCUGUCUCACGUCCUGGCAGGAAUCAGAAGGUCAAGGCUGUCCUUUCUGCCGAUGUGAAAUUAAAGGUACUGAGCCCAUUGUGGUAGAUCCAUUUGAUCCUAGAGGAAGUGGCAGCCUAUUGAGGCAAGGAACAGAGGGAGCUCCUUCCCCAAAUUAUGAUGAUGAUGAUGAUGAACGAGCCGAUGAUUCUCUCUUCAUGAUGAAGGAACUGGCUGGUGCCAAGGUGGAAAGGCCUCCUUCUCCAUUCUCCAUGGCCCCACAAGCUUCCCUUCCCCCAGUGCCACCACGACUUGACCUUCUGCAGCAGCGAGUAUCUGUUCCUUCAAGUGCUUCUGGUCUUGGAACUGCUUCUAAGGCUGCUUCUGGCUCCCUUCAUAAAGACAAACCAUUGCCAGUACCCCCUACUCUUCGAGAUCUUCCACCACCACCCCCUCCAGACCGGCCUUAUUCCGUUGGAGCAGAAAACCGGCCUCAGAGACGGCCCCUGCCUUGUACACCAGGCGAUUGUCCAUCCAGAGACAAACUGCCCCCUGUCCCCUCUAGUCGUGUUGGGGACUCAUGGCUGUCCCGGCCAAUCCCCAAAGUACCAGUAGCUGCCCCAAGUCCCAGUGACCCCUGGACAGGAAGAGAAUUAACCAACCGACACUCACUUCCAUUUUCAUUGCCUUCGCAAAUGGAGCCCAGAGCAGAUGUGCCUAGGCUCGGGAGCACGUUCAGUCUGGAUACCUCCAUGAAUAUCAGUAGCAGUCCGUUAGCAGGUCCAGAGUGUGAGCACCCCAAAAUCAAACCUUCCUCAUCUGCCAAUGCCAUUUACUCUCUGGCUGCCAGACCUCUUCCUGUGCCAAAACUGCCGCCUGGGGAGCAGUGUGAGAAUGAGGAGGACACAGAGUAUAUGACUCCCUCCUCUAGGCCCCUCCGGCCUCCUGACACAACCCAGAGUUCACGAGCAUGUGAUUGUGACCAGCAGAUUGAUAGCUGUACAUAUGAAGCAAUGUAUAAUAUUCAGUCCCAGGCACCACCCAUCACCGAGAACAGCACCUCUGGUGAAGGGAAUUUGGCUGCAGCCCAUGCCAGCACUGGCCCUGAGGAAUCAGAAAAUGAGGAUGAUGGGUAUGAUGUCCCUAAGCCACCUGUGCCGGCAGUGCUGGCUCGCCGCACUCUCUCAGAUAUCUCUAAUGCCAGCUCCUCCUUUGGCUGGUUGUCUCUGGAUGGUGAUCCCACAACAAACUUCACUGAGGGCUCCCAAGUUCCCGAGAGGCCCCCUAAACCUUUCCCUCGGAGAAUCAACUCUGAACGGAAAGCAGGGAGCUGUCAGCAGGGUGGUGGCGCUGCUGCCUCUGCCGCCGUCGCUGCUGCUGCCUCGCCACAGCUCUCCAGUGAGAUCGAGAACCUCAUGAGUCAGGGCUACUCCUACCAGGACAUUCAGAAAGCUUUGGUCAUUGCCCACAACAACAUCGAGAUGGCCAAAAACAUCCUCCGGGAAUUUGUUUCAAUUUCUUCUCCUGCCCACGUAGCCACCUAGCACACUACCUCCUGCUGCAGCUUUAGCGGACCGGUCUUGAGAGUGCAUUUGAGGGUGUCCUUCAGUCCCCACUGAGAGAAGGUAUGGAUUUUGUUACAUGGUUGUCUACCUGGGGAACAGUCCAGAAAGCCGUAGAAUAAGUAUUGUGCUGUAAAUCCUAAUUGAGGACUUAAGACUUUCUGGGUUAAAGAUGUGGCCAUGUGUCUGUCUAUCUGCCUGUGGUUGUGUGUGUCCUUGUGAUUAUAGGAUUAACCUGCUGUGUGUGUUAAUCCCAGGCAGGGAAUUAGCACAAGAGGUUUAGGAAGGAAUCUUUUAAAGACUUCCAUCUACUGUGGUAUUAUGCCCAACCCUAGUGUGUGUUACAACUUCAACACUCCCCUUUGGCUUAGAUUAUCCUGUGCAUAGCUAAAGUCUUAUAUUUUUAGAACACCCUCCCUCUGUUCUUUCCCCUAAUCAGCUCCUUCCUCCUCCUCUUCCUCCUUGGGUGUUCUGUCAUUGGCAGUGGGCUUGCUAUGACCAGCCUUACUGAGGCUAAGGAGCUUAUGGGAUGUUCUUUAUUAUGUGUGAUGUGUUGGUUUGUUUGGUAGAUAGGUGGGAGGAAAAGUACUGUUGCUGUAUUGUUAUAGUCAUGUUUGAUACUAGGAGCUAACACUGGUCACUCCAAAGCGCUGUUUCUGUAGAACAUUGAAUUUGUCAAGAUGUUUUAAUUAUCCUAAUUACAUAAUGCCUGAUUUGAGAUAGAGGCCUUCAAAUACAUUCCAUGCCCUCCCCAGAAAAUAGUCUGUGGGAGUAUGUUGCCUUGGUGCCAGGUAUGUGUUCUGAUGUAGGUCAUGAGUCUUUCUACUUAAUGGGAAGGGAAGAACAUUUGUUUCCAGGAUGACUUUCUGGCCCAAAUACCAUGAAGUUUUUUGGAAGCUUCAUUCACAUGCUAUUUAAAUGCACAAAACAGAUAGUAAGGAUUUAUCUAUUCAUUUUUUUCUUCCCAGCAAAUUAAUUUUAGUGUAUAGGGUGUCUUCCUUUGAAAAUGAGCCAGGUUAGAUUUUGAGAAAUGAUUUUUUUCCUUGUCCUUUAUGGAAUAGGGAUAACACCCAUGGUAACACAGCAUUUUGCUGGUAAUUAGCACCUUUCCUACAUUGGUGCCACCCAGUGACUUGGUUUUCUUUUGUGCCUGUGGCUUUGAGGACGUAAUGCCUCUUUCCUCCUUUACUUCCCCUUUCGUCUUCACCGUAGGUCCUGUAUGCUCUCUUUAAUUACUGUGUUCUUCACGGUAGUUAGACAUCAUUCAGUGAGUAAAUUACUUCACUGUAGUCAAAGACAGUAUGGGAAAAGGCUGGCAUUUUGUGUAAUUGCAAGUUCAUAAAGAAGAUUUAGAGUCCAGUUUGGAGAACCGAUCAGUCAGUUACUUUAGAUACUAAUAAACGGUCCAUUGAGUUUGGUUAGUUCUCUGUCCAGAGCCUUUUGCUGACUUCCCUAGCAGUGUGUAACCUUCCUCCACGUCAGAAGCAAGCCUGCCCGUUGAUAAAUCUGCCUUCCUCAGAAUCUAAAUCAUGCUUUCAUCUUCAGAUCCAGACAGAAAUUGACAACACUCCCCUACCCCAGCCCCAUCAGUUUUCUUUCUAGUCGUGUCAUCUUUGGAGUUUCAACGUGUUCUGACUCCUCUCUUGGCAUUCAGCUACUCCUAGAUCUUUUGGUUUCAUCCUCCAGCUUCAGAGCCAUUCAUAUUCCCAGAGUAGACAGUACAGGACUUCGCAUUUAUUUGCCAUGGAUACCUGGUGUCUCCUCUACAGGCAGAAAGCAGCAUAACUGGCCAGGCGAGGUGGCUUACGUGAGCCUGUAAUCCCAACACUUUGGGAGGCUGAGGUAGGAGGAUCGCUUGAGG